AUGGAAGAAUGCCAUGCGUCCCAAGUUCUGUCACGCCUUGCAAGAACGCAUUCUACAACAAUGUUUAGGCAUGAACUAUCAUUUCAACCUCUUCUCCAUCUCACUAAAGUCUGCUCGGAAGCCGCUGGAGCGGGCGCUGUGGCCGGCGAUGAGCAGUUUAUCGCAAAUCUUGCUAAGGAGAUGGUGAGCGUGGAUCUGUUAUUUUUGGUGUAUGGAACGCUUUAUACUAAUCUUGGACGGAAUAUUUGCGCAUAAUGCUUGACUUUCCCCCUUGAUUGUGUGGUUUACAUUAAGUAGUGAUUUAACGGUUAAUAAUGCCUAGCGGUACAUACAACACUAAGUGCACUAUCCAUUUCUUUGCCGUGCAAUUUUACUUUCACUACUUUUUUCUAUUCCAAUUAUGUCCAUUUUUGUUUCCAUUGUUCAGUUACAAGGCUUAUUUCUUGUCCUAUAUGUGUCGUAUG